AUGCGAGUUGUAUUUUUGGUGGCAUGUGUUUUAUUCACAUUUUAUCAAGUAAAAUGUUUGAGGAAAGCGGAAGAAGAACAGCGUCCGCUGCCCGUCGCCGAUACAGAGGAACGAAGCGAGUAUGACCUCUCCGAAAUUAUGAAUGAGUGCAACGAGACAUUUCGUAUCGAGAUGAUUUAUAUAGAAUCGCUGAAUACCAGCGGGAGCUUUCCAGACGAAACUGAUAAAACGCCGAAAUGCUACGUCCGCUGCGUGUUGGAGAGGAGUCUCGUAGCUUCUGAAGACGGCCAGUUCGAUGCUGACAGGACUGCAGACGUGUUCGCCGGCAUGCGCAGUGACACACCGCUUGACACUGUUAAACAAAUGGCCGCAAUUUGCUCUGAACGUUCUGAAACUUGCAAAUGCGAGAGAGCCUAUCAGUUCUUGAGGUGCUUGAUACAGAUGGAAAUAGAGAAUGAAAAGGAAUAAUUAACCAACUCAAGAAAUUCUAUUGUUGAAAGAAGAACUGAUGCUUCCCAUGGAUUUUACAUUUACAUUACAUUUGGCACUUAUAUUGUAAACGUUUGCUAUUCAUUACAUAACAAUAUCAAUAAAAUGUUUAUUGAGCUCU